CCAAGAAGAACCUUCUGGACAGCAGAGAAUCAGAAGCAGCACUAAGAAGGAAAAGCAACCCCUUUCCAGCCAGUAAACCACAUCUUUUCUCUUUCCUCCAGAAAACCACAAAGCUUUUCAACUUCACUAGCAAGUGAGCAACAAGUGAGAGAAAAAAAUAGGAAAAGAGUGUUGAGCUGGAAAAAAAAAAUUCUAUGUGGAACUCGAGGAAACCUUACAUGAAAAGGUAAAGGGGAAAACAUUUUCAAAUCUACACAAAAAGGGAAAAUAUCUAGAAGUCUGUGGGGAUGAAUCAGCAAUUCCAGGCAGUAAUGCAGGCCUCAACCUGUGAGGAAAGAAACAGCUUGAAUCAAAGCACCAUCCAAGAAGGGAUCAUGAAUAUUUUUCACCUCCUCAACAACCCAGGCAUAUCAGUGGUGGAAAACCUCCACAGAUGUGCCUAUUGUGGGAAAAGUGUAGCUUGCAAAUCAGAGCUGAUUAUGCAUCAGAGGACCCACACUGGUGAAAAACCAUACAAAUGCUCUGAAUGUAGCAAAGUCUUUCACUACAGAUCCCAACUUCUUGAGCAUAAAAGAACCCAUACUGGAGAAAAGCCCUACCAAUGCCCAGAGUGUGACAAAAAGUUUAGUAAGCAUGCCACCCUGGUGAUACACAAGAGGACACACACCGGAGAAAAACCAUUUGAGUGUCCAGAGUGUGGGAAAAGUUUCAGUCAGAAUUCCAACCUGGUGAUACAUCAGAGGACUCACACAGGAGAGAAACCAUAUGUGUGUCAGGAUUGUGGGAAACAUUUCCGUCAGAAUUCCAACCUGGUGAUACACCAAAGGACUCACACAGGAGAGAAACCGUAUGUGUGUCAGGAUUGUGAGAAAAGUUUCAUUCGAACUUCUGACCUGGUGAUACACCAGAAGAUUCAUACAGGAGAGAAAUUGUAUGUGUGCCCACAUUGUGGGAAAAAAUUCAUUCGGAAUUCUGACCUAGUAAUACACCAGAAGACUCACACUGGAGAGAAACCAUAUAAGUGUCCAGAUUGUGGGAAAAGCUUCAGUCAGCAUUCUCACCUAGUGAUACACCAGAGGACUCACACAGGACAUAAACCAUAUGAGUGUCUGGAUUGUGGAAAAACUUUCAGACGGAAUUCUGACCUGGCGAUACACGAGAGGAUUCACACUGGGGAGAAACCGUAUGAGUGUCUGGAUUGUGGGAAAAAUUUCACUCGAAAUUCUGACUUGGUGAUUCACCAGAGGACUCACACAGGAGAGAAACCAUAUGAGUGUGUGUAUUGUGAGAAAAGUUUCAGUCAGAACUCUUACCUGGUAAUACACCAGAGGAUUCACACAGGAGAGAAACCAUACGAAUGUCCAGAUUGUGACAAAAGUUUCAGUCGGAAUUCCAAUCUGAUGAUACAUCGGAGAACUCACACCGGAGAGAAACCAUAUGAUUGUCCAGAGUGUGGGAAAAGCUUCAAUACUAGAUCAAAUCUCACCAGCCACAUGAAGUAUCACACAGGAGAGAAACCUUAUGAGUGUCCAGACUGUAGAAAAAAAUUUAGUUGGAAAUCUGACUUGCUGAUUCAUCAGAGGAUUCACACAGGGGACAAACCAUAUGAGUGCCCGGAUUGUGGGAAAGGUUUCAAUACUAGGUCUAGCCUUAUAAAUCAUGUAGGUUUACAUACAGGAGAGAAACCAUUCAAAUGUCCAGAGUGUGGACGAUGCUUCACGCAAAAUUCUUCCCUUGCUGCACAUAAGAAAAUCCACUUGGUGCAGAAGGUGAUGGGUGUGAAGAAAAGCUGAAUUUCAUUUCUAAUCUCCAUUUUGAAAUGCAUCUGAGAAAUUAGUUAAACUUGUAUUAGGAUUGUUGAAAGAAAUAUCCUUCUAGGUUCAUUUCCAAGUGGGGAAGAAAGACACUGGAAACAUGGUGACUGCUUUGAAAGAUGGUUUAAUGGUGGGCAGGAUCACAUGCUUU